AUGGCCGACACACCUACACCCAAUAGUGAGAAUGACGAAGAUCUGCCCGGUGCUCGCGCCUCUUCUCCUACAGAGGUAUCUCCCAAGGAUGUCUCCUCACCCCCACGCGAUUCGGGAGGGGACGAUGCAACAGAGGACACUAAGAAUCAAUUCGUUGAACUGUUUGGAACAGACAGCAGCGAAGAUGAAGACGGACAAGAACAAAAUAACAUGGAAGAUUUACCAGAGUCUGGCACCUUUGAGCCUGCAACCGACAGAGAUCCAGAGUUACGGAAACUCGAACUGGCCAAGGCCGAGAAGGAGCAAAUUCGCGCUCAACGACGAGCCGACUAUCGUCGUUCACGUAAGGCAUACGAAUCUCGCCGUGGUACCAGGGAGGAUGAUUAUUUAGAAGAAGACAUUCGUCCAAUAUAUCGUGGUAGAAAUGAUUCAUACGAGGAUGGGGGUGAUUUCGUUCGACGUCGUGAGGCACACCGCAGGAGAAGGACAGUCACUGGUGCUAGGGAAGAAUUUGAUUAUAAUGUAACAUCUACGCCUGAAAAAGAUGUUGAAGAAGAAGAGGAGAUGGAGGAAGAAGAGGAAAUUGAAGAGGAAGCUGAAGAGGAGGAAGCGGAAGCUGGAGCAGAGAUUGAAGCAGCAACAGAGGAAGAGGCUGAACUUGAUGGUGUAGAGGUUGAAGAUGAUACAGAGAUGGAAAGGGGGAAAUCAUUGGUUGAGAAUGUUGCAGAAGAAGAGGGACUGGACGAUGAAGAUGAAGACGAGGAAGAUCUGGUUGUUAUUAAAAGACCGAAGAAGAGGGCAAGGAUUUUUGCCGGCGACGAAAAGUAA